UGGUUCGCUCAAAUUUAAAUUUUAAAAGUGGUCAUCUUUUCUUGCAUGUAACUUGUAAAGUUGUAUUGUUAUUUGUUUUCAGUUCUAAUUCAUUUAUUCUUAUUUGAAUGAUUUAUUUAUGGUGUUUGUAAUUUAAAUCAGUUCGUCUGGGCUGAUUUGAGUGUGACUAGUGUGAGGCUUGUCUUGAAUUUUAACUUUUAAAUCGGCACGGCACAACGCAGGCUUCCUUACUACUGUACUGUAUGUAUAGUGUAUUUUACAUCAACGAAACUGGAAGAACAUGCAACAUUGCAACGGCUUGGUCUUGGUGCUUUUUCAAAAUGUUCAAUUCAAUGAGAAACAUCAGAGAAACUCGUUGCGUUAGACUGAGCACAAGAACAUGACAUUUUAGAUUAUUGGGAGUGUUUAGUUUAGUAAGUUAGCCUAUAUCAUUUUGUAUGAAUAAUCAUUAAGUGGUAACUUAACUUACAAAAAAACAAUUGAACUAGGGCUACAAGGCUAUCAAAUGAAAGUCAAGAUGGCAGAGUCUUCACGCCAACAAAAUACGCCAGUUCGUCACGAUGAGCUCUCAUUUGCAAGGAAAAGCCUUAGAACAAAAGUAUUGAUCUCAGCAAGUUUGCACAAAGAGACCAAAGACUGUUUUGAAAGUAAGGAAAUCAAAAGACUGAAUGGAUCUCAAAUGCUUUCUUCCACUAGAAUUUGUGAAACUUCAUCGUUAAUAGGAGCUGAGGAUGAUUGUCGUUCACAAAAUAUUUGGGAAGAGUCUCCAGUAAAACAAGAUGUUUCAUGCCAGAGUGAAGAAGCAGAUGAAGACAUGGAAUCCUUUAGUUCGGACAGCUGUGAUAGCAUGGAGGCAAGCAUUAUCCAACAAAAGCAUUCCACACCUCAAGUAAUGAAGUUUUCUGUUAGAGCAGUAUCUUCAACACCCAACCAAGAGAAUUUUAGUAUCAUCAGCAAACUUACUAAGAAUGCUUUCACACAGACAAAUUACACUUUAAACACUAGAGAUCAAGGGGAUAUAAGUGAGAGUUUGAAGUCCUAUUUCAAUGAGAUGCCAGAAGAUGAAAAUCAUUACCUUCAAAGCAGUAAAAAUAUGUCUUAUUUCAAUACCACAUCUGAGUUAAGUUCUCCAAUGAGGUUUUGUUUCAGCCACAUGUGCAGCAAACUAAACGAUUCCCAGGAAACGCCAGUCACAAACAAGAACUUGGUUAGGAAGCUGAGUCUAAGGUCUAAAACAAUCAUAUGUUCCGCCUUAGAGAAAAGUAAAGAUAUAGUCUUACCUAGGAAGAUAUUAUCAAGGCACAAAAGUAUGGAAGAGAAACGUACUUUCUCAAACACUUUUUCUCUCAUUCCUCAACACAAGACGCCGCCUCCUGUAACGGGAAGAGUUCUAUACAAUCCGUUUGAGGUGGACCUGCCAAACAGACUCAGCAAGACAAUUUUUAGUCCAGAUGUCUUUGAUAAUGUUGUCAGCCCAAGCCAGGACUCGGAAGAUUUGAGGUGGACCAUUGAAGACAUUUCCUCCAUUAAUCCUGUUCCUAUUGACGAAGAUUUCUCAAUCCCAUCAGACGACGAGGAUCCGGAGAGGGAGAGCCGAGUUCAACAAGAAAUUGAUAGGUAUUUUAAUGAAACACAUGUUGUGUUAAGUCCUGAUGAUAUACCUAAAUCUACUAGUAUUGUUGAAAUUUUGAAAAAUAACUAUCAUACGGGAGCAGCAGCCUCCACACCAAGAAAAGUUAAUGUAAACAAAUCAAUGAAUUUGAAAACAAGUGCCACACAAACAAAUUUAUCGUUACCUGAAAAUUUACCAUUAGAAUUAGAAGACAGUUUGAGAUCAUAUUUCAAGUAUUUUGAGGCAGACGAGUUCAACCUAAGUCAGUGCAAUCUUAGACGCAAAUUAUUCUUCCACACUGAAGAUGAACCUCCGUCACCUGUGAGGUUCGAAAUGAAUUCUAGUCCUUUAACCAAAGACGUGUGGAAAGCUGGGUCGUCACCUCUGUCCAAUGACAAUAGAGCAAGACACUUUACUCCUUUGGGCAAACAACAGGAGUUUUCCUCCCCUGAAAUGUCGCCUGUCGUCGACAACUUUACUUCCAACGUGAAAAAACAUUGUUUGGUGUCCUGCAAGAAAACUCUACAUAACAUCUUUAUUGGAAAUUCUAAUGAAACGAAGACAGUGAGGCGUAGAGAGUCGGUAAACUCUACAGCUGCAACUGGAAGUGAUAUAGACUCUUCGUCUCAACCGGCAAGUCAAGACACGGGCUACCACACAGACGACAGCGGCAACUCACACUUGCACUUCUCUACACCAACACGUACACAGCCUGCGAGUUAACUGUCUGUGUGAUUAAUACACUUUACACUUUAUACACUUUAGUAAGUAUUUGACAGUCUGCAGAUUUUGCAGUUUAUUAUACAAUAUGUUAUAAUGUUGUACUUGUGUUUUUUCAUGUAAUAACCUGCAGAUUUUGUAGUUUAUUAUACAUUAUGUGAUAAUAUUGCACUUGCCCUAUGUUACAAGUGAUAAAUGUUUACAACUAUGUCGUUUAAAGGUUUUAUAUAUUUGUAUAUCCAUUUUAAAACUUAAUAUGUGUAUAAGGGUGUAACAUAGAGCACAAGGGCCUAGGUUUUUAGGUUUUAUGUUUUUAUCAACAUUUUGUCAAAGAUUGAUUUAUCUUUUUCUUUAAUUAAUAUCAUAUUUUUAAUGCUCUCUCCACUUUUGCAGUAAGGAGUUUCACAAUUACUUUUCAACCUGUAUAUUAGCUUUGUUUAUUAUCGUUACAUUUUUUUAAACUAUACCCCAAAACUAGUUUUUUAUUUUUUUCAACCUACUGCAGCAAAACCAGCUGUUUUCAAUGCGAGGCUACGAUUGCUUCUUUUUCUCUCUAUGGUCUCAAAACAAGAAUUACACCAUUUUUGGAGCUAAUUUAUAAAGGUAAACCACUUACAAAAGUUACAUUUUGUGAAUUAUUUAGCCAAAAGAAUGGUGCAGUAUGGCAUAAAAUAUAGUUUGUCACACAGGCCUAAUGUGUAUUUUCGACACUCGCACAUUUUUUUAUUAGUUCAACUUAAGCUCUUGUCAAAGCGAGUCACUUUAGGUUCUAGUGGUGAAAUAUACUAUUUUGAUGAUUUGGUGAUUA